GCAGAGGGAGCCCCGCUCUCGGGCUGGCCCCGCCGGGCAGGGAGCGAGGGGGCGGCGCGGUGCUGGAACAAUCGCGCCGGAGCGGAUCCGGAUCCGGAGCCGGGCCCCACCCACCAGGAGCCGGGCGGCGGCGGGGCCGUUUCUCUGCGGGGCCGGGCCCAUGGGCGGGUAGCGGCCGCCGGGCGGAUGCUGCGGGCUCCGGCUCCCACGAUGCCGCCCCGGCGCCGCCUCCCGCUGCUGCUGCUGCUGAUCGCGGGCAACGUCUGGCCCGCGCCGGGCAAGUCUGCGGGGGAGCCGCCCAGCCCGCAGGAGGUGCUGAUCAAAGUCCAGGUGUAUGAGAACAGCGACCUCUCCCCACUGGCCCAGGCUGCCGUGGAGGUGUAUGGGAACCACACGUCGCUGGCCUCGGGCUCCACUGACCAUGAGGGCGUCGGGAUGCUGCCCGUCAGCUACCGCCUGGGCACCUGGAUCCUGGUCACCGCUGCCAAGCGUGGUUUCGUCACCAACUCUGUGCCCUGGCGGGUCGACAAGCUGCCGUUGUAUGCCUCGGUCAGCCUGUACCUGCUGCCGGAGCGGCCCGCCACCCUCAUCCUCUAUGAGGACUUGGUGCAGAUCUUGCUGGGAUCACCAGGGGCCAAGAGCCAGCCGUGGGUGCAGUUCCAGCGCAAGGCGGCCCGCCUGCCCCGCAGCUCCACCUACAGCCAGCUCUCCGCCUCCCUGACGGCCGCCAGCGGCGCCCACGACAUGCGGGGCUUCCCCUCCUUCAUCGGGGCCGAGAGCAACGGCAGCGCCAACAGCACCUGGCUGGAGCUGGUCCCCAUCGCCGCCGUCAGCGUCCAUCUCUUCACGGGCAACGGCACCGAGGUGCAGCUGUCGGGCCCCGUGCACCUGUCCAUCCCGCUGCCUCCCGACACCAGCGCCACCACGGCCACCAGUGUGCCAGCCUGGAGGUUCGACACCAAGAGCGGCCUGUGGCUCCGGAACGGGACAGGGCUGAUCAGGAAGGAGGGGCGCCAGCUGUACUGGACAUUCGUCUCACCCCAGCUGGGGUACUGGGCUGCCGCUCUGCCCUCCCCCACCACAGGGCUGGUGGCGCUGGCGACGGGGAUGAGGGACAUCACCGCGUACCACACCGUCUUCCUGCUCACCAUCCUGGGGGCGCUGGCGCUGCUGGUGCUGAGCCUGCUCUGCCUGCUCAUCUACUACUGCAGGCGGAGGUGCCUGAAACCCCGACAGCAGCACAGAAAGCUGCAGCUGCCCGGGCCGCUGGACACCUCGAAGCGAGACCAGGCCACCUCCAUGUCCCAGCUCAACCUGAUCUGCACCAGCCACCUGGAGACCGCCUCCUCGGCCGGCGACACCGACGCGCACACGCCCAUCCUGAAGUCGGCCUUCUCCAGCUCCCGCGAGCUGGGCAGCUCCCGCGAGGAGUUCUUCCGCCACAAGCUGCGGCACGUCAGCAAGGCCUCCACGGAGACGCUGAGCCAGCGGGGCGCCCCCAAGGAGGAGUACCCGCGCCCCGGGGAGAGCUUCUCGCUCAAGGCCGCGCGCUCCGUGGACGGCCCGGGUGCGCUGGAGCCCCCCGUGCUGGAGGAAUACAAGCGCGGCUUCUCCCACCAGCGCGUGGAGGACAAGGGCGCCGAGCCGCCACGGAAGCACUCAAGGAAUGAAAGCAAGCCCUACCUCCAGGAGCCGCCCUCCCCGCCGCCCCUGCCGCCCCCCUUCGACCACUAUGUGGGCCACAAGGGGGAGCCCAAGCCCCCCGACUUCAUGCUGUCGCAGUCCGUGGACCACCUGGCCAGGCCCACCUCGCUCACCCAGCCAGGGCAGCUCAUCUUCUGCGGCUCCAUUGACCACAUGAAGGACAGCGUGUACCGCAACGUCAUGCCCACCUUGGUCAUCCCGGCCCAUUACAUGCGCCUGGCGUCGGAUUACCCCUCCGGGGAGCAGGCCCUGGCCGGCCCAGUGGAGAGCCAGCCCGAGAUGGAGGGGCUGCCCGGCCAGGCCGGGAUGUCCAUCCCGCACCAGUUCGGGCCCCAGGACCAGCAGCGGCUGCAGCUCCAGCAGGGCGAGGACUCGGAGGGCAAGGGCUGGGGGGCACACUCCUCCUCGGUCAGCGGCUCUGUCACCAUCCCGGUGCUGUUCAACGAGUCCACCAUGGCCCAGCUGAACGGGGAGCUGCAGGCGCUGACGGAGAAGAAGCUGCUGGAGCUGGGGGUGAAGCCCCACCCGCGGGCCUGGUUCGUCUCCCUGGAUGGGCGCUCCUCCCAGGUGCGCCACUCCUACAUCGACCUGCAGGGCAGCGAGAAGGGCCGGAGCAAUGACGCCAGCCUGGACUCGGGCGUGGACGUCCACGAGGCCAAGCCCCACAAGCGGGCCAAGGAGGAGCGGGAGCGGCCCCCGGCCCCCGCCGCCUACUCCAAGCUGGCGUUCCCCGAGGACCCAGAGCAGAGCAGCAGCGAGAGCCGCACGGCCAUCUGCUCCCCCGAGGACAACUCCCUGACACCCCUGCUGGACGAAACGGCCGAGGCCCGGGCUGCCACCAUCCCCCGCCGAGGCCGCAGCCGGGGCACCAGCUCCCGCAGCAGCGCCAGCGAGCUGCGCCGGGACUCCAUGACCAGCCCCGAGGAUGAGCUGACCGACCCGGCCGAGGGCGGCGACGAGCCGGGCGACAAGAAGAGCCCCUGGCAGAAGCGCGAGGAGCGCCCGCUCAUGGUCUUCAAUGUGAAGUAAGCGGGGGGGGGGGGGCCUGCGCCCGCUUCCCCUGCCCCCUGAGCCGGCGCCAGCCCCUGGGGGGCAGAGGAGGGGGUGGCGCGGGGCCGCACGACGGAUGGCUCCGCGCCCCCGAGGCGACUCCAGACCAGGACCCCAAAGACCCCCGUCUUCUCCGCCUGAGGGCUGAGCUCUGUCAGGGAGCAGGGGAAGGGGGGACCCACACUGGGAAGCAGUGGGGCUGACUCCCAGGGCGGUCCGGAUGCAGAAUCAGUGACCUGCUCCCUCCUGCAGCCGGGCACUGCCCAUCGUGCCCCCCUGCCAUUCGAGGGACAGCCCAGCGCGGGGAGGAGACGCCGUCGCAGCGGGAUGAUCUCCCCACCACCAGGAGCAUGUGUCGAGGCUGCUGCAUGCCUGGCCCCGAGGGAGGGGUGACUCGAGGACUCAGUAGGCCCCCACCCCCGCUCUAGGCUCAGCAGGCAGAGUGAGGGGAUUGAGUCCGGGCCGGGGGGGGGCAGGGCCUGGGCAACCUGGCCCAGCCCCUGUUUCCGAGCCCGCUCUCCGGGUAGAGCCCGGAGCCAGAACAAGCUGCGGCUGCUCCUCCCCCGUGACACCCGCCGGAAGGGGUUAACAGCAGCCUGCUGGCGGCUGUCCAGCUCUGGGGCGCUGUCCAGCCCCAGCUGCGCCUGCCUGCCUGGGGUGGGGCAGCCCCACACCUUGCCUGGGGCAAAGCAGAGCCCAGUUGCGCUCCUAUGGCAUGGCCGCCCGGGGCGCUGCCAGAGGAACCUGACCCUCGUCGGCGUCUCUAACGUUCCUGCCAAACACCCUGGGGCUGCAGAGUCUCCUCCGGCCCCAAGGUACCAGCCGCAGGCCGCUCCCCACCCUCUCCUCCAAGUGCCUUUGCGCUGCAGGGCGAGUGGCACAGCUGGGCCCUGCGCGCAGAGCUGGGAGCCGCCUAAAUUCUCCUCGUUCCUCAUCUGCUUUCGCCAGGCCGGCUGCUGCCUCCAGGGGAGCUGGGGGGUGGCAAUAUCCCACCGCGCAGGAUGGGAGCUGCCUGCAGGGCCAGGCUGGGUUCCCCCCCAGCCCCAGCCCUCGCGCCUGGCAGGGGAUCAGCCAGCCCUACACUGUGUAACGGGGAGGAGACUGAGCGGGAGCGUAGGAUCUCCCCAUGCCCGGGCCGUGGGGCAGGGCCCUGGAGGCUGUAUUCUCGAGGCACUUCCCACUGCACCCACUCGCGCCGCCCUGGGGUGCAGAUGCACUUGGGCUGAGAAGCAGCUGCUGUCGGCUUCUGCACCCAGGCAGGCGCUAGCCAGUGUCCUUGUGGCAGAGAGAGGGGGUGCUGCUAGGUGAUGGGGGGAUCCCUCGGGAAUAAAACACCCACCUGUGGCUUUUACUUUCA